AUGUACAAUUAUUGGCAAUUGGAUCUGGUCAAUAUCCCCGGUCCCUUCGCCGCCAAAUUCACAGACUUCUGGCGCCUCUAUAAGGUCUGGCAAUGGCAAUUCAAGGAGGAACUUCCUGCAUUACACAAGGCUUACCAGUCGUCUGUUAUCCGCAUCGGACCCAGGAUGGUCAGUUGUUCGGAUCCUCGCGCGGUAGAACUCAUAUACGGCUUUCAUACGGAUUUUAAGAAGUCGGAUAUGGUCAAAGCUAUGGCUCCUAUCUAUAAAGGUAAAAAGCAGCCGACGAUGUUUGCAGCGGCAGACAAUCGAUCGCAUGCAAAGAUCCGAAGACCCGUUGCUGGGGCAUACGCUAUGAAUAGUAUCAUGCAAUUUGAACCGUUCGUGGAUAGUAAUAUCAGGCUGUUUUACAAUCGAAUGGACGAGCUUUUCAUUCAACCUGAGCUGCCUUGCGACAUUCACAACUGGGUGCAGUACUUCGCCUUCGAUACAGUGCUGGAGAUGACAAUGAGUCGCAACCUCGGCUUCAUGAAGGUGGGUGGAGAUGUCGAUGGUGUCCUUAAGCAAUUGCAGAAAGACUUGGAUUAUCGUGGAAUUGCGCUGGCAAUGCCUAUAAUCGACCGCGUCUGGCGACUAAACCCCAUCAGCAAGUUUCUCCAGCCCAAGCAAUCCGGGCACUUUGCUAUGCGAUGCAAGCGCAUCCUCGAGGAGCGAAUCGAGCAGGAGAAGUCCACUCCCCCACAUGAUCAUCGACCCCCAGACUUCGCGCACCGGUUUCUUGAAGCUCAGCGAAAAGACUCCUCAAUCUCAGACGGACAGUUAAUCGGGUAUAUGCAAGCAAAUCUGAUUGCUGGUAGCGACACAACGGCUAUCGUGAUGCGCACUGCCAUCUACUACACUCUCAAAAAUCCCUGGAUUCAUCAGCGGAUUUGUGCAGAGCUUGACAGUUAUACCGGACCACUGCCCGUCCCAUUUCGCAUCGCCCGCUUCAAUCUACCGUUUUGUGGUGCCGUGGUACGCGAAUCGUUGCGCAAGCACUUUGCCUUCAUUGGGAUGAUGGAGCGCGAGACCCCGGCAAGUGGCGUAGAGCUGCCAGAUGGAACUCGACUUCCUGGCGGCGUAAUAAUCGGCAUGCAUGGUGAUCUAAUUGGACAGGACAAAGGCAUCUUCGGCAGCGAUGCUGACGAGUUCAACCCACUACGGUGGCUGGCCUCUGUGGACGAGUCUGACUCUGAGUAUCAGGAAAGACUACGAGCGAUGAAUGCGCACGACUUAGCGUUUGGACAUGGCCCGCGCGGUUGUAUUGGGAAGCAUGUGGCGGAAAUGGAGAUCUACAAAUUUCUGACAACGUUCUUUUCUCUAGUCCAGCCACGAUUAACGUGCCCCGAGAAACCGUGGAAACUACGCCAGUUGUUCGUGUUCAAGCAGUCGGGUAUGGAAAUGACUCUAAAAUGGAGGGAGGGCUAG